CGCCAGACCACGACGUUUUGGCUUGUGUUGAUCAGUACCAGCAGCAGUGCGGCCGAUUUUGUCAAGCAUGCCCACCGUAACGUGUUAUCAUUGGCACUGCCUAUUUUCAUCGGCGUUAGUUUUGACGUGCUGCUUUCACAGCAACCCAGCCUUUCUUGCGCCUCGCAAGCUUCUGCGGACUCUCACAUCAUUUACUACGGACGACCGCUGUGGAUUCAGACAUUCAGUUCUGGAAGCCUCUGGGUGAUGGCCAACCACAAAUUGAUGGGUGGCGAAGACUUUGCCAUCCGCAAGACCGCCCACUGCUUCAGCAUCUUGGCGUCUCGUCUCGCGCUAAGCCUUUCGCCGACUGAAUCGCCAAACUCGGAACUCUUUGCAAGACAGAAGCAAUUCGUCGACAGCACAGUAGAUCGCCACAUGCGCAUUGUCACGCAUGUUACCAGCGAGGGUGUCAUGCACGUUGAAUCUCCAUCAGAGCCUGUGCUAGCCAUCGCUGCUUCCAAUAUCAUGCUGGCUCCCUACCUCCAGUCAGCUGAGAAAGCGAGAGGCUACACGUACGCAGACAUCCUCAAGAAAUUUCAGCAAGAAUGCUUGCUCAACCCCGAUGUUGCCUUGCUGAAGGGCAGUUUCGGUGAACUUGCCUCGCGGAUCAUCUUGAUGGUUGCUUGCGACGCCGUGAAGCGCAAAAAAAUCGAACAAACCGAGCCAAAGGAAUCGUCGGACACCCAACACGUGGGCGCCAGCAUCUACGCCAAGCCCACGUCUACGAUGCCGGCUCGCGCACCGAACGGCAUGCAAUUCCAAUCAGAGAUCAGUUGCAGUCGGCUUCCGCUACUGCUGCCGAUGUGGAUCAACUUUACGCAUUUCGACUUGCUUCCCGAAGCGAUCAACAAGAUAACACCCGAAUUUCUAUGGCACUGCUGGAAGCGUGGAGUAGCCGUGCAAAUGGCGCACACACAGCAUGGCAUCGAUGGCAUCAUCCCGGUCUUCGUAGGUCAUCUCGACCGGCCCUUCGUUGAUGGUUCAUCCACCGAUGCCUCUAACAUCACUCUUGAGCCCAGAGAGGGCGAGAGGCACGCUGCGCGCUACAUGACCUACAUUGCCUGGGAAGCAAAGAACCGAAGGGAUCCACAGAGCACCACGGUCCCUGCUAGUUCAGCGCCUGUCGUUGCUGGACCGGUGAUCAAGAGCGCCUCGAUGGCACCGCCAAACGAGAAGCCACUGACCGAACAGGCUCUGUUGAUCGUGCUUUUCGACCUUGGCACAAGCACCGGGUUCAAGAAAGCGCAAGACGGCUCUCGACCGCAAGUGACGCCUAUUACCGGUCAACAGUGCCCUCGGCUGUGCAUUCGGGGUUUGCUCGGCCCGCACGCUUACCCCUGUCUCGACCUUUUCGAGGCCCGUUCAACCUUGGUGGACAUUCUGUCGUCUAGCUCUGAUCCCGCACCAAACCCUCUCAACAUCAUCAAAAAGCCCAUGUGGAAUGAGCGCAUCCAGCCCGAGUCGGAUUCCAUUUAG